AUGGCCCAUCAAGCACAUGCAUAUCAUAUAGUAGACCCAAGCCCCUGACCCCUAACAGGAGCAGUAGCCGCCCUUCUUAUGACAUCUGGCCUAGCGAUCUGAAUACACUUUCACACCACAACCUUAAUAUCGCUUGGCCUAGUUCUUCUUCUACUCACAAUAUACCAAUGAUGACGAGAUAUUAUUCGAGAAGGAACAUUUCAAGGUCAUCACACCCCCCCAGUUCAAAAAGGCUUACGAUAUGGAAUAAUUCUUUUUAUUACUUCCGAAGUUUUCUUCUUCCUAGGAUUUUUCUGAGCAUUUUACCACUCAAGUCUAGCCCCAACCCCUGAACUAGGAGGCUGCUGACCCCCAACUGGAAUUACCACACUUAAUCCAUUUGAAGUACCCCUUUUAAAUACAGCUGUACUUUUAGCCUCUGGCGUUACAGUCACUUGAGCCCACCAUAGCAUUAUAGAAGGUCAACGAAAACAAGCCAUUCAAUCACUCACCCUUACUAUCCUUCUAGGGUUUUACUUUACAGCCCUACAAGCAAUAGAAUAUUAUGAAGCCCCAUUUACAAUUGCAGACGGAGUUUACGGCUCAACUUUCUUUGUUGCAACGGGAUUCCACGGCUUACAUGUCAUUAUUGGAUCAACCUUUUUAGCAAUUUGCCUACUACGACAAGCACAAUAUCAUUUCACAUCAGACCACCACUUUGGCUUCGAAGCCGCUGCCUGAUACUGACACUUUGUUGAUGUCGUAUGACUCUUCCUUUACAUCUCUAUUUACUGAUGAGGCUCCUA